AUGUAUCAAUAUAACUCUAACAUAGUUAACAUGAAUUUAGAUAGCAAAAAUUCAUUUAAUGAGGUGGUAAAUGAGAGAAAACGAACAAUUGAGAAUAUCAUGUCCAAAUAUCGUAUGGGUGAACCAUUCGUCACAUCAUCUCAUGAAUUUUACAUGGAUGAUUUGGCUUAUAAAGAUGUUAGAUGUUUAGAUGGAUUAAUAGAUCAUUUUUUUAAAAAAUCUAUGCCCUCUGGAUCAUUAAUCGACAAAGACGCGUUCCAGCAACUGCAAGCUGAUUUUGAACAAGACCUUCAUCAACAAUACACAAAGUUUUCUCUUUUUGAAACCGCUGAUGAAAAUUGGAAUGAUAUAUUUUCUAAUAAUGUCGAAAUUCCUGUAAAUUUUGUCUCAAAUAAAUUUACUACUACUAAUAAUAAUCCUACCGACUUGAAUUCUAUUGUUUGGGUUCCAAAAGGUGCAAUAAAGUGCUCUACAAAAAUUCCUUCAGAGUACGAGAAUAUCCUAUUAGGUUUCCCUUUUUUAGUGUGGUAUGAAUUUAUUAGAUUAUUAAAACCUUUCGGUAAAAUUCAUUAUUCUAUAAAUGUUUUAAACAAAUUAAAUAAUUGUAAAACUGGUUUGGACUUUUAUGACGCAUUCGAAUCAAUUUGCAAAGAAUAUUUAAUGGAUUCCUGUAGAAAUUUUAAUGGUCAAGAAUUAUGUAAAUUAAUUCCAUAUAACAGAUUAAUUUUUGAAAUUACUGAAUCUACAAAGUCUAUAGGGAAAAGAAAACAUAUUUAUUAUUCUGCAGAUGUAACGAUGAAAAAUGGAAAAUUGGAAUUGGAACUUAAUCCUCCUCGAACUUGUCAAUCAAAAAGAUAUUAUAGAAUGUUUUCUUCAGAAAGAUUCUUACACAUAAAAAUUAAUAAAGAAAUCAACAAUAUAGAAGAAUUAGAUGAAACAAAAUUUUCUAUGUUAAAAGAUCUUUUAUUACAACCUUUGGAACUAGCGGGCAGAACUUAUGAAUUCUUAUAUGCUAGAGAUAGAACUUUAUAUUACUUUGCAACAAGUGGUUCUGGUCUUGAACCUAUAAAUUGUUGGGAUGCAAUUAAUUCUGAUAUUCCAAUAAAUUGUAAUCUUAAAAUGACAACCGCAAAAUUUUAUAGUCGUAUUUCAUUAGGCUUUUCUGAUUCAACACCUUCCAUAGUUUUUAAUCAUGAUCAAAUUCGUUAUAACGAACCUGAUAUAGAAAAUACUAUAGGUCAAUGUUUAACUGAUGGUUGUGCUGCAAUAUCAUUAGCUGCAAUGAGAGAAGUAGCAAAAAUAAUGGACUAUAAAGAAACUCCUCAAUUUAUACAAGCGAGAAUAGGGGGUGCUAAAGGAAUUUGGUUUUUGGAUCCUCAAGUUCAAGAUCCAUAUGAACUUAGAAUUAAUUUACGUCAAUCACAAACUAAAUAUAAAUUGGAUUUUACAAAAAAUAAUCAUCAUCUUAGAAUUCUAGAUCUCGUUCGAAUUAUUAGGGCUCCAGAUCGUCCCGCUGCUUUAAAUGCUCAAGUGAUCAGAAUUUUAGAAAAUGGUGGUGUACCUGCAACAGUAUUUAUUGAUAUGAUAAGAGAAAAUGUUCAAAAGAUUAGAAAUAUGGUAGUAGGUCAAGACAAUCCAACUAUAUUACGUGGUGUUUCCUUAUCUGGUUACCCUGAUAAUAAUUCUGAAAUUUGUAUAGAAAUGCUUGACGCUGGGUUUAUCCCAUCAACUUGUCCAUUCUUAGCUAAAAAAUUAAAACAAUUAUUAAAAGGUCAAUUAACAAGUAUGGCUUCCAAGUUUCAUAUUGAAACUCCAUUAUCACGAUCCCUUAUUUGUGUCGCCGAUCCAACUAAUUCUUUAGAUCAUGGCGAAAUUUUUAUUCAAUUAGAUGGUGAAGCUGGUUAUGAUGAAAGGGGAAUGCGUUUUGGAAUAAUUGAAGGUGAUGUGAUACUAUCACGAAAUCCUUGUGUUCUCCCAUCUGAUAUUCAGAAAGCUAGGGCAGUCAAUAAUCCAUUAUUAAGUAAAUAUUAUAAUGUUGUAAUUUUUCCUGUAAAGUCUCAAUCGAGGGAAGGCCCUUUAGCCGCGAAAUUAAGUGGUGGUGAUUAUGAUGGUGAUAAAGUAUUUUGUUGUUGGGAUCCCAGAAUAACAAAAUCAUUCGAAAAUUCUCCUGUAGCAGAAACUUUACCUGAAGUAGAAAAUGCGUUUGAAAAAUGUAAAGAGACUGUGGCCGAGUAUUUGGAACCCGUUAAGGAGAAUUUAGACCUUUGUACAAAAAAAAUUCAACAAUUAUUCCUUAAUGAAUAUUUUAGGGAUUCUUUAACACCUAGAGGUCUAUACGAUUAUUGGCAUAGAUUAUAUUCUUCAUACCAUGGGCUAUCUGAUCCAAAAUCUAUUUAUUUAGCACAAGUAGCUGCUAGGUUACUGGAUGCAACAAAACAAGGAGAAACUCUUAAACCUUCUGUACUUAAUUCAGAUAAAAAGUAUUUAAAAAUUCCACAACCUCCUUGGAUGGGUAAUGAUAAAAAAAAUUCUAAUUUUAAAAGUGUGUGUAUUAUGGAUGAUAUUAAACGAGCUAUCCAAGAAGAAAUAUCAUUUGUAAAUUCACCAGAAUUUACCGUUGCACCUAAUGUUCGGGUUGAUAUACUUGAUUACCAUAUUCAACAAUUCUGGUUACGUGAAUAUGCAAGAGCGAAUGACGAUAAAAAGUAUAUGAAUGAUUUGAACCUUAUUAUUGAUGUUACUGGUUUAAUUCUUCGAAAACAUAACCACGAUGUUGUUAAAAUAAUAGAUGAUGAUAAAAAGGUCGAUCCUUUGUUUUUAAAUUCAAGUAACCAAGAACCACCACCAUCAAAUUCAGUUCAUUCAAAAAAUGCAAGAAUAAAAGCUAUAAGUUAUCAAUAUACGGAAGAAUUUACAAAUCUUCCACCCACAACAAAUUAUCAAAGCGACAUAUUAAAACAUGUCGAUAGAUCAGAUUUAAACCAUGAUAUCACAUUAUUCGAAUUGAGAUUAAAAGCAGCUGCAUUGUAUAUACAAUCUUUUACGAAGAAUCCGGAAAGUGAAGCGUGCUGGAAACUUGCAUUUCGAAUUUUGUGUGGUCUUAAAGCUCGGAUGCUUGAAAGUGAAAAAUCUGAUAUUGUAGAACGUCUGUCACUUUUGAAUCGUUUUAAAAAUGAAAGACUAGGAAAUGUUCGACCUUUUGGUGAAUUUUUUGAUAGAAGCAGAAUCUCAAAACCUGCUGGCAUGGGAGCUGUUGCUCAAAGACUUUCUUAUAAUUUGACUUACUUUCAAUCGAACUAUAUCCUCAUUGUUAUAGGAUUGUUGAUUUAUUGUGUAAUCGCCAAUAUAUGGCUACUUAUAACCAUUCUUUUCCUCCUUGGAGGUUUAAAUUAUAUUCGUAAACUACCACCAAAUGAACCACUAGUCAUCCAAGAUCGUGUUAUCACUCAAAAACAUUUAUAUAUGGGAUUAUUUGGUAUUUCUGUUCCACUUUUAUGGAUAUCUUCAGCCGGUUCUACCAUAUUUUGGAUUGUCGGUGCUUCGGCCACAUUAGUGCUUGGCCAUGCCGCAUUACUUGAACCAGGUGUUGAAGGAGGAUUUGUAGCAAAUGUCUAA